AUGCAUUCUGGUGAAAUAUCUACGUCCAAUACAAAGAAACACCAUCGAAUUCAUCCGAUCAAUGAUGCAAGUUCUUCGACGAAUGAUCAUCCAAAAGCUCAUACAAUCUUGAAUCUUUUGCCGAAUGACGAAGAUGUAUCGUUGCCAUCUCAUCCCACAAAUCAACGAACCUAUUCGCAAACAUCAAACUCAUCAUCGUCGAUCGACAUUCGAGCAACAGACGUUAUCAAACGCAUCACAAGUCCAUCGAGCACAGUGUCAACUACGGAUGAAAUACUUCCUCAAACAUUCUUCCGUCGUAUGUCAGCUAGUUUUCACAUGAACUCGUUAGUAGCAAAUACAAACUCAGCAUUGGGACCAUCGGCAACUGUUCUACCAGCGGUACACGAUGUAAAUUCAACGAUCAAUGCCGAUGAGAACUGUGCUCAUUCAAUGAUAACGACGAUUACGAAUGUAUAUAACAACACCAACGAAUGUGAAAUCUGUUAUUCAUCAAAUGAAUGUGAAAAUUUACAAAUGUGUAAACAUAGUUUCUGUUCUACAUGUUUACAGACGUAUUUAAUCGAUAAAAUACGAAACGGUUGUCCAGGAUUACUAGAAUGUCCACAUAGCGAUUGUAAACAAAUCGUGCAUCCAAACGAUAUCAAAAGAAUACUAAAUGAAGGCCAAUUGUACGAACGGUACGAAUUAUUUAUGCUAAGACGAGUUCUACAGAAAAUGCCCGAUACUCGAUGGUGUCCUUAUCCGAAUUGUAAUUUUGCUAUCUUGGUUGAAAAUGCACGCAAAGCAAGUAAAUUCGAUUGUCCAGUUUGUAAACAACCUUUUUGCCAACGUUGUUCACAAAUCUGGCAUCCGAACUUAACGUGUGAACUGGCUUCCGUUCAACGUGCUGCUCAAGAUCCAACUCUGGAAAUGUUAAUGAAAUCAAGUUCAACUGGCGGACACAUUCGACCAUGCCCACGUUGUAAAAGUCCAAUAGAAAAAUUGAAUGAUGGUUCGUGUAAUCAUAUUCGUUGUGCCAUAUGUACAUGUGAAUUUUGUUGGUUAUGCAUGAAAGAAGUUGAUAAUUUACAUUUCAUUACGCCAACUGGUUGUACAUUUUACGGACAGAAGCGUUGGUCGAAGCGCAAAUCUAUCUUAUUUCUAAUCCUCUCAUGGAUUUUGACCCCAAUUCUUGCAAUAUUAUUAAUCAUUCUAGCUAUUCCAGUCCUAUUAAUAUUAUUACCAAUAGUGAUGACAAGAAAAUUCUAUCAGCACACAGUUGAUAUACAAAUCGGCUCCUGUCGCCGAUUUAUUCUCUGUACAUUUGUUCUAAUUAGUACGUUUAUUUUAACACCGUUAAUUUUACUACUCGCUUUAGUUAUUGGUAUCCCAUUGUUGAUUUUUUUUAUUUAUUUUUAUAUGCCAAAAAGAUAUAUAUCAGCGAAUUUCUAG